AUGGAGUGCUCGGGGGAGACCGGUGUCCAACCACCAAGCUCCAAUUGCGACGAGGUGGAGCAAUUGCGAAAAUGGAUGGAUGAGUUGCAACGCAAGAUCGAGGCACAAGAUGAAUCACCAGAGCCCCAGGAUGACCCCGGCGGCAACAACAACCGUCAUGGCAGGUCAGCUCCACUCGCCCCACCUCAAGUCUCGGACCCCGAGCUCGGCCACCAAGAGACAAAGGAGCCUGAGCUCGGCUACCAAUUGCACAAAGAGCCCGAGCUCGACCACUACGAACACAAGGAGCCCGAGCUCAGCCACCGAGAGACCAAGGAUCCCGAGCUCGGCCACCGAGAGCACAAGCUCGGCCACCAUGAGAAUGAGGAGCCUGAGCUCGGCCGCCACGACUACGAAGAGUCCGAGCUCGGCCACCAAGAGACCAAGGAGCCCGAGUUUAUCCACCAAGAAACCAAGGAGCCCGAGCUCAGCCAACGAGAGCACGGACUCGGCCACCAUGAGAAUGAGGAGCCCGAGCUUGGACGCCAUGACUACGAAAAGCCUGAGCUCAGCCACCAAGAGACCAAGGAGCCCAUGCUCGACCACCAAGAGACCAAGGAUCCCAAGCUCGGCCACCGAGAACACGAGCUCGGCCACCAUGAGAAUGAGGAGCCCGAGCUCGGCCGCCACGACUACGAAGAUCUCGAGCUUGGCCACCAAGAGACUAAGGAGCCCAAGCUCGGCCAUCGAGAACACGAGCUCGGCCACCAUGAGAAUGAGGAGCCUGAUCUCGGCCACCACAACUACGAAGAGCCUGAGCUUGGCCACCAAGAGACUAAGGAGCUCGAGUUCAACCACCGAGAGACCAAAGAGCCCAAGCUUGGCCACCAAGAAACUAAGGAGCCUGAGUUCAGUCAUCAAGAAACCAAGGAGCCUGAGCUCAACCCACCAAGAGAUCAAGGAGCCCGAGCUCGGCCACCAAGAGCACAAAAAGCCACGUUCGGCUGCUAUGAGUAA